UGUCAACACAGAGCCUGAUGUGGGGCUCAAACUCACAAACCGUGAGAUCAUGACUUGAGUUGAAGUUGGAUGCUUAACUGACUGAGCCACCCAAGUGCCCCCAACUCAGGUUUUAAAUUAAUUACUCUGGCUGCUAUGCUGAGAAGAAACUAUAGGGAGUUUUGGGUAGAGGCAGGAAGAAGUCAGAAGGCUGUUGAUAUAAUCUAGAUGAAUGAUGGUGGCUUAGUCCAUGGUAGUAACAGAAGGGUGGGGGAAAGCAGUAAGAUUCUGUGUGUGUGUGUGUGUGUGUGUGUGUGUGUCUGAGUGAGUUUUUAACCAUCGUGAAAUAUACAUAAGAUAAAAUUUACCAGUUUAACUGUAAGUGUACAGUCCAGUGGCAUUAAGUGCAUUUGAAUUAUCAUACAACCAUCCCUCCCCACUGUCCAUCUCCAGCACAUUUUCAUCAUCCCAAACUGAAACUCUUGGAUACAUGUUUAAGGCAGAGUCAGAAUGCUUUCUGACAAAUUGGACUGGGAUGUGAGAGAAAGAGAAGAAUCAAAGACAACUCCAAGAUCAUUGACCUGAGCAACUGGAAAAAUGGAAUUGCUAUUGACGAGAUGGAGAGAAUGAGUGUAGCAAGUCUGGGGAGGAAGGAAGAGAAGGAGGUCAGAUUUCCUUAUGUGAAUUGGAAGUGUCCACUAGGCAUCCAAAUGGAGAAUUUGAGAAUGCAUUUGGGUAUGCAAGUCUGGAAUUCUCACUGGAACUGGGUGGAGGUAUACAUUUGGAUGUCAUCAGCAGAUAGAUGGUUUUUAAGACACAGAAAGGAAUGAGACAAUCAAUCAAAUGAUUGGAUGAGACCGAGAAAAGAAGAGAUCAAAUGCUUUGAGGUAGGCUAUCCUUGGCCCCAGUCUAAGAGGUUGGAGAGGGAGAGAAGAAAACCGUGAAAUAGAGAAGAAAGAAAAGCCAGAGAAGAGUAUUGAAUGCUGUGGAGAGGCCAAGUAAGAGGAUAUAGAAUUAACCAUGGGAUACAGGGGUGUGCACCUGUAUCCCAUGACCCUAACAAGAGAAGGUUUGGGGAGGUGGUGGGGACAAACGCUUGGUUGGAAUGGUUAAGAGAAAAUGAGAGGAGAAGAAUUGAAAGCAAUAAGUGAAGACUACUCAUGUCUAGAUUAUACUGUAAAUGGGGAGCAAAGCUGGUCAAGGAAAGAAGAUCAAGGGUAAUUUCUUUUGUUUUUAAUGGGGAAAAUAAUGGUAUAUUUGUAUGCUAAUGGCAGUGAUCCAGUGGGGAGGGGAAACAGGUGAUGCAGGUGAGGGAAGGAGCAUUUUAAAAAUUUUGAAAACGAAUACCUCUACGUGGGACCACAGUUUUUGCCACUUUCUAAACCAUACUCUGACCUAUUCACUCAUUUGUAUAAGCUACAUUUGACUUUUCAUCUCUUGGCCUGGAUAGAUAUAGACCUACAUGGGGCUCUAAAACAACACUGGAAUCAAUUGGCAAGGAUGUAAAUUAGACCUAGUCCUGCCAGCAGACAGACAGAUAGCCCCCACGUGCUAAAGUACCUUCUUUCUCAGGAGUGUUUUUGGCCAUUUGUUCAUGCAGACACUGCCAGGAAAUUGACAGUCAGAAGCAGUUGAAAUGCAAAAUCCUAUUAAUACACAAUAUAAUGCAGAUUUGGGGGACUCACUAAUUUAUUUUAUUAUAGUGUCUAGAAGUGAACGUUGGAAUGGUCCUUGGAAAAUGGAUGGUUUCUGGGUGCAGGCAAAGGAAGAGAGAAAGUUAUUAAGUUGGGAGUGAGUGAUAAAAUAGCAGUGGGAGCAAAGAUGAGUUUUUGCCUGGUCUUGGACUGGAACUAUGUCACCAUGGUGAAAUGAAAUGGUUACCACUGGACCACAAAGUGUCAGGAGCCCAAAGACCGAGUAAUGGUAAUGUCCAAAUCAGAGAAAGGCAAACAACUAAUGCAUGAAUCUAGGUUUGGAAGGUCAAAUUCUGUGAAAGGAAAGGGGGCUAAUAUAUACCUAUUACUGUAUUGAAUAUCCUUAUUCUUAUCCACCUUAUUACCCUGGAAGGAUGAUCUCUAGGGAUUAAAUAUGGUGGCCAGCCUUUAUGAUGGCUCAGGGAGCCCAACUUCUUGGUAUUCAUUCUUCACCUUGCACUUUAUCCUGGAAACGUAUUCUGUAGAGGUUGGAUCAAUAUGCUUCCAAGCCCCAGUUUCUGGUUGGAUUACACUAAUGGAAGGAAGUUGUGGUGAGGUUGCUUUGAGCUGGAUAUGUCCCUCAACAGCAGAUCAUUGCCCCAGUCAAAGAGGUCUCUGUUGUACUUAAAUCUCUCUCACUUUUCCUGGUCCUUUUGCACCUAGGGUUGGUGACAGUUCCAGUACUGUUGGACCCAGUUUCCUGUACAUCCUUUAUAGUUCCCUUACUCCCAUCCACACCUUUGUAAUUAGUGACUUUGUGAAUGAACACUACUAAAAUUAUUCUAAUUUAAAUAUCUUAUGUUUCAUAUUGGAACCCUAAUACAGUAAUAGAUAUGAGAAGUGGCUCCAGGAAAGAGUCAAAAUUGGAUCUGAGAUUUAUUUGGUCAUAUAUUUAGAGGUCCAAGGAUAGCCUUAUAGCUGGGGGAAAUAAGUCAAUUAUCAGUUACUUGAAUUAUCAUUGGCAGUAGCCUGGAAUGCAGUGCAAAAUGCUAGCUAUAUGGAGCUUCUGUAAAGUCUCAGGAUGAAAAUCAGCAAUCCCCCAGGGGUUUGGAGCAAUGCCUUGACACUGUGCUGAUUUUUAAUUUGAAAAUAGCUGCUGACUAGGGGCGCCUGGGUGGCUCAGUCGAUUAAGCUUCUGACUUCAGCUCUGGUCAUGAUCUCGUGGUCUGUGGGUUCAAGCCCCAUGUCGGGCUCUGUGCUGACAGCUCAAAGCCUGGAGCCUACUUCAGAUUCUGUGUCUCCCUCUUUCUCUGCACCUUCCCCCUUGCACUCUGUCUCUCUUUCUCUCAAAAAUAAAUAAACAUAAAAAUUUUUUUUAAAAAAGAAAGAAAAUAGCUGCUGGCUUGCUCCUGGUGAAGACUGAACAGUCAACCAUGGAUCAUGAGAUAUUUAGGUGAUUCAAACUGCCUAUCAUGAGCUUAGUGUCAUCUGAUUCAUUGAACCAUAAAGUUAGGCAUGAAUAGCCUCACAUUCCAUCAUAAUAUGGAAGUGAUAUAUUUGCAAGUCGGCCCCAGUAGAUCCAGAAGGCUCAAGAUAGCUUCAUGACUUAUAUUUACAUAGUACCUGUUCUUUCUGCUUCUCCUUCAAUCACAUGAGAGGCCCCUAGAGGAGGUAGUCAUCAAGACUUACUUCUAGAUAGAUCUGCAUCCUAAGCAUAUAUGAAAGGGGAAAUAAACAGCCGUUGUGCUAUAGCCACGUUCAGAGGACUCCUGAAAGAUAGUGCUGAAAUACAAUCCUCCGAGCACUUCAAAAAGUACAUCCAUUUGUUUACUUCAUUAGGAAGAGAUAGUAUGAGACACUGAUCUGCAAUAACUAAUGGGCAAUGGCAGAAAACUAGUCAGGAACAUGGAAAGAACAAGGUCAGGAGAUUUGUGACAAGAUCUGGGGGAGAGGAUUAUGGCUGAAACUCUUGGAAUGAGGACAGAAUGGAAAGAUAAAAUCAGAGGUCCAGAAAAUGAUCCAUGUCUAACAUACUCUGCUGCCUUUUGUCAGUUUUGUUUGCAUUAGCUCAGUGGUGCUCUGCAUAAUCUUAAGCGUCAUGUCCCAUGAUUCAGAAGCAGCUGGCUUAUGGGACAGAGGAAUGGCCUACUAAAGGGCCAGUUACUCUGACAUCUGGAAGAUAACAUCUUACAAUGUUGGAGUGGUAUCCUAUAGGGUGCAAUAAAUGUCUUAAAUCACAACAAAUGUGUAGCCAGGAUGCAUGAGUCAGGGAAGUAAGGAGGGGGGUAUGAGUGGCCCUUUUCGCCAUUUCACCUAAUAACCCACUGGAAUAUUGUUCUCUUUAUCUGUGAUCUUGAGUUGGUGGGUUUGGAGAUUUCAGUGCCCAAGAGAAGCAUCUCUUUCUUAGGGAACCCUGAAAGUUGAGACUGCCCUCUGGCACUUUGGGAUUCCUCGUGUCACGGAAUUGAUAGGCAUAGAAAGGGGUCAAUGUAGCUGAGAUGAAUAUCCUGACUACCAGGAAGAAAUUGGGUUGGUGCUUCACAGAGAAGACAAAGAGGACUUCAAAACUCAAGGAAUUUACUAGUGUCAUUUCCCAAUAUUCAUAGUAUUCCUGGUCAUUGGAGAAUUAUAACAGCCCAUAAAGACAAGACCAACUAAGGACCCAAGUCCCACAGGAAUGAACAUUUGGGUUAUUCCAUCAGAUAAAGUACCUAUUUCAGCCAAAGUGUUGACUGAGGCAAAGGGAAACAUGGAAUGGAUGGUGAUAGGGGGUAUCUACGAUCAACUUAGGACAGCACAACCAUAGAUGUGGGAAUUGUAGCAGCUGUGUUUUAUGUUACUCUUCUUCUCUCCUUAUUUUGUUCCCUACCUCACUUAAAGAGUCCUGAUGGUUGAGGCACCUGGGUAGCUCAGUUGGUUAAGUGUCCAACUUUAGCUCAGGUCAUGAUCUCAUGGUUUAUGGGUUUGAGCCCCCUGUUGGGCUCUGUGCUGACAGCUCGGAGCUUGGAGCCUUCUUCAGACACUGUGUCUCCCUCUCUCUGCCCCUCCCCCACCCAUGUUCUCUGUCUCUCUCUCAAAAAUAAACAUUAAAAAAAAUUGGAAAAAAAAAAAAAAGAAUCCUAAUGGUUAGCGUGCUAAGUUUCGGGUGGAAAUAUGACCGCGCUGACAUCACCUGGAGAUAACAUGAUGACUUAUGGGACCCCAUUGCAUCCCCUGUUCUGGGGGCACAGAGCAGAUGCUGGGGGGUAGACUAUACUGGGUGUCUUCUAUUUGUACCCCUUGUCUAUUUUCCCAGGAUGAUGGCUACUUUAAUCUUCUCAACAACCCUAUAGUAAUAAUAGAUCUUCUCGAUUACCCUCUUCCUAUAUACCUGGCAUUGUUCCAGGUGCUUUCCAUGAAUUGAUUCAAUUCAAUCAAUUCAAUUAAUGGAUUCAAUUAAUCCUCACAGUAGGUUUUUCAUGCUGAGUAUUCUUGCAGAUGAGGAAACUUAAGCAAAGAACGGUUCAGUAACUUCCCCAAACCCACAGUUAGAGAUUAACCUCUGCCUUGUAAGCUUUCUCAAAGGGGUUAGGUAUGAUUAUCUUGGUUUUGCAGACAGGAAAGCAAAGACUUAGAAGAGUAAACAAAGGGACUCAUCCCAGAUAUAAUCAGCCCCACAGUGAGGGUUCAAACCCAGGUCUGUCUAACCUCAAAACUCAUGUCUAACAUAUUCUGCUCUUUAAUACUUCAUUUUAAGGUGUCAAUGUGAGAAGGAGAUGACUGGGAAAUUUAGGUUCCAUGGACAUAAGAUAUUAAAUAAUAAACUAUUAAAAACUAUUUUUAAAAGAAAUGUGAUGGAUCUGAUUGAAAAAUCCCUGCUAAUAUUUUCUAGGAGAACACUGCUUUUUGAAUCAUUCUUUUUUUACACUUAUUAGCUGUCAUUAGCCUGAUCAAGUAGAAUACAGUGGUCACUUAUCAUUCACAGACUGAGGAAAUGCAUAAACCAGAACGGGGAGAAGAGCCUGAGAAGGGAAACCACACUGGCCAGGGUGCCAGUAACUUCUUUUUUGCUUUAGUGACAGUUUCUCACCCUUCCACUAGUAAAGGAGGGCAUAGUCAAGACUUAGCACAUGCAUUAUAAUAAUUCAUAUCCUUCCUGCCCUUGGGAAUUUCCUCCACCUGAUUCAUCUAUUCAAUAUCAUGGACUAAGGGCUGUCUCACAAUGAUCUGCUUUUCAGAUAAUACCAUCCAGUCGAUUUUCUGUUGCUGUUGCUGCUGUUCCGUGCAGAAGCGACAAGUAAGAACACAAAUAAGCCUAAGCAAAGAUGAAGAAUUUUCAGAAAGAUACACUCCGCGUCGCAGGCUGUGGUUCAGCGAAUUGCCAAGUAAGAAGCGAGCCAACAGAGGCCACAUGCAACCAUCAAAACGCAAGCCACUGCCUCCCCUCCCACCCUCUGAGGUUACUGAAGAGAAGAUCCAAGUAAAAGCCCUGUAUGAUUUUGUGCCCAGAGAGCCAUGUGAUUUAGCCUUAAAGAGAGCAGAGGAGUACGUGAUAUUGGAGAAGUAUAAUCCUCACUGGUGGAAGGCAAGAGACCGCUUGGGGAAUGAAGGCUUAAUCCCAAGCAACUAUGUGACUGAAAACAAACCAACCAAUUUAGAAAUAUAUGAGUGGUACCAUAGAAACAUCACCAGAAAUCAGGCAGAACGUAUUUUGAGACAAGAGUCUAAAGAAGGUGCAUUUAUUGUCAGAGAUUCGAGACAUUUGGGAUCCUACACGAUUUCUGUGUUUAUAAGAGACAGAAGAAAUAUGGAGGCUACCAUCAAACAUUAUCAGAUUAAAAAGAACGACUCAGGACAGUGGUACGUGGCUGAAAGACACCUCUUUCAGUCAAUCCCCGAGUUGAUCUGGUAUCACCAACACAAUGCAGCAGGUCUCAUGACCCGUCUCCGCUACCCGGUUGGACUGAUGGGCAGCUGUUUGCCAGCCACAGCGGGUUUCAGCUAUGAAAAGUGGGAGAUAGAUCCCGCUGAGUUGGCGUUUGUGAAGGAGAUUGGAAGCGGUCAGUUUGGGGUAGUCCAUUUAGGGCAAUGGCGAGCACACAUCCAGGUAGCUAUCAAGGCCAUCAGCGAAGGCUCCAUGUCUGAAGAGGACUUCAUCGAAGAGGCUAAAGUGAUGACGAAAUUAUCGCACUCAAGGCUGGUCCAGCUGUACGGAGUGUGCGUUCAGCAGAAGCCCCUCUACAUCGUGACGGAGUUCAUGGAGAACGGCUGCCUGCUGAGCUAUCUCCGAGAGAGGAGGGGAGCGCUGCGGAAGGAAAUGCUGCUGAGCAUGUGCCAGGAUGUCUGUGAGGGAAUGGAGUAUCUGGAGAGGAGCCGCUUUAUUCAUCGGGAUUUAGCAGCAAGGAAUUGUUUGGUCAGUGCUGCAAGUAUAGUAAAAAUAUCAGACUUUGGAAUGACGAGGUACGUUUUGGAUGAUGAGUAUAUCAGUUCUUCUGGGGCCAAGUUCCCCGUCAAGUGGUCCCCUCCUGAAGUUUUCCACUUCAACAAGUACAGCAGCAAAUCUGACGUCUGGUCGUUUGGAGUUUUGAUGUGGGAAGUUUUUACAGAAGGAAAAAUGCCUUUUGAAAAUAAGUCAAAUUUGCAAGUUGUGGAAGCCAUUUCUAAAGGCUUCAGGCUGUACCGUCCUCAACUGGCACCAAUGUCCAUAUAUGAAGUCAUGUACAGCUGCUGGCAUGAGAAACCCAAAGGCCGCCCGACGUUCACUGAGUUGCUGCAGGUUCUCACAGAGAUUGCGGAGACCUGGUGACACGAAUGGGAGGCCAACCCAGAGGAUCAUCUUGCAAAAUUAUCACAAAAGGAAAUCCUGUUCGGGGUCACUGAUGAUGAACACCUUCCUUUAGAGUUGCUGACUCUUGGAAACAGUGCAAAGAUCACAGGCUUUUCAAACUUUAAAAUUUAAAAAUACUCUGACAGUCAUAUUUUCUACAGGGAUGUCUUUGAAAGGGACUUUCCGACUCUCAUUUUUCUGUGUUGUUCUCCGUGUCCCAUACGUGAAGAGGGGGAAAAUGCUCCAUAGUGGUCUUCAUAGUGGCUGCUCUUCCUGAGAAGAGCCCUGGGAGCCCCUGAGAGUGAAAAACUCUGCCAACUCAUGGAAUAAAGGAGCCUCCCCUGCAGAAUUCAACCCUUUUGAGCUGGACGGACCUUUGUGGAAGAUGCACCUUUACAAGACACGUGAAUGUGAACAUUCUUAAACUGUCUUUUAUAAUCUCUCCUAUGUUAUUUAAGGACUUGGUUUUGCACAUACCUGAUUAUUUUGGAGACAGUUUCUUGUAUUCCAGUUUUAAACACUGUGAAGGCAAAGUUCUUUGAACAGGUCCCGGUGACAUUUCUGUUUCCAGUAAUAUCCAUUGUCAGGGUCAGUUGAGAACUUGAAUUUGAAUUCUGCAGUUUCACGCUUUGUCC